CCCGGAGUAAUGGCGUUGGGGUUUGAGUCGUGGCAGCGCCUCUAGCCAAAUAUUGAAGGAAGGUCACUAAAGUCAGGUGCACUUAGCUAUCUAUUGAAGUCUUGAAGUCUUAUGUCAUAAUGGUUUUGUUGCGUGUGUCAUUACAAUCAGAUGUGAGAGUAAUGAUAAAUUAAUUUAAAAGUGUUUAAUCGACAACUAUAACAAAGUUGGUUAUUACACGUCUAUGCUCCUUGACAUACUCUAUCAAAUAAAUGUCUGUGAAUAAUACAUUACGAAUUACAUUUAUUUAAAAACAGUUACAUAGAAAAACUAUACAUAAUUUGAUAAACUAGUGAAUAAUAACAUACACAUCUCGAUUAAGAAAAUGAAGCAACAGAUUAUUGAUUCCAAAGCAAAUUCUAACACAACUGGAGAAGCAGACGAAUGUCUCUUUGAGUACUUGCAUGCUGAGCUGGUUAACUAUGUUCUGAGCAAAUCAUCUAAUACUACAGAAGGUGAAGAAGAACUAUCUCGAUUGGAAUGGAUGGGAUUUAGUGUUGGAUAUCGGAUUAUUGAACGAUUAACAAGAGAAUGGAGCAGAUUUAAAGAUGAAUUAGACAUGAUCAAAUUUAUCUGCACAGAUUUUUGGUCCAGUCUGUAUCAUAAACAAAUUGAUAAUCUAAGAACCAAUCAUCAUGGAGUGUAUGUGUUGCAAGAUAAUGCUUUUAGAUUGUUAGAUAAAGUUGGCACAAGUAAUAGUAAGCAGUAUCUUAAAGAGAGUCCUCGUUUACUAGCUUUUACUUGUGGUCUUCUCAGAGGAAGCUUAGCCAAUCUUGGUAUUAUUAGUACUGUUACUGCAGAAACUACUACACUACCAAGCUGCAAAUUUCAUGUUCAAGUUCAAAGAAUUUAAUAUCUAUUAGAUUUUAUUAUAACUUGGAAAGCAUAUAAACAGAUACAAAAAAAUAUACAUUAAAAUUGGAUGUAACAAUCUUAAUAUCAUUAAAAGAUAUAGAAGAUAUUAUAUAUAUAUAUAUAGACAUACAUUUAUAUUUUUUGCUGUUUUAAAAAAAUAUAUCAUUGUUUCACAAGAGACAGAACAAUUCCAUAAUGAUCUUAUAUAAUUUAUAUGUACCUACUAUAUAAAUGUAAAAUAUAAAUUCCCUUAUCCCAACAUAUAUUUUAUUUAUAACUAUUUUAUCUGUAGCACAUCUCUAGUCGCUCUUAUAUUGUAAAUUAUUAUUUGAAAAAUGAGUACUUAAUAUAUGCUAUAAGAGAGAUAUUAGGUAAAGUUAUAUUAUAUUAAGAAACAGUAUAAAUUAUUGUACUAUUCCUCUAGUAUACUUAAUUUUACAGAUAUAAAUCAAUGGUCCAAUUUCAUAAAUGUACAAAAUGGUAAUGUGUCAUAAGGUAGCAAGAUAUUAUAUGUAAAAUAGCAUAUAAUAUUUAGUUUUAAUAAAAAAAAAAAAAUAUAUAUAUAUACUUUUUCAUUAUUAAAUAUAACAAGAUGGAUAUAUUUUACAUAAUGCUAUUCUCUAUGUGGUAAUUUUGCACUCGGGUUAUUGAUGAAAUUAUAAAUAUCUUUUAAAAUGGCAAGUCCGACUAAUACAUUAUCGUCGUUUAUUACAACUACAUAAGGUUUACUUUCGAGAGUAUGAAAUAGUUUACCUAGGAUCGAUGAGGUUGAGAUCUUGGUAAACUCUGUAUCCAUAACCGUCUCUGCGAGAUCUGUACGUGAUACUUCACCUGAUAUCAACUUAAGCAAAAGUACGUCCGACGAGACAACACCUACAACGUGCUUUUGCAUUUCGUCAUUAGUUACCAACAUUCGUUGUAUGUUAUAUCGUGUAAAAACUUCUACAGCCUUAUGACAUGUUAUCUCCCUCGGAAGCACAACUUUAGUUAACGUUAAUUUCGAUACUGGUAAAUUCCACCACCACAUGGGCUUUGGUAAAGUAGCUUCUGGUGGC